CGCCGCUGACAGCUCACCUCCUCACACCCUCUUGUUGCUCUUUCCACAUUUUUGCUCCCUCUGAUAUUUUCACCGGAUCCCUCACGCACACCAGGUCACAAGUGCUGGGACCAAGCAGCAUAUCCAGAUCCGUCCUCUGGUCGCAAAGAGAACUAAGAGAUUGCUGUUCACAUUGGAUCCAAAAUGUCUCUGAAAGUCCAGACAAGCAACAUAACCAACAAAAACGACCCCAAAUCUAUCAACUCACGCGUGUUUAUCGGUAACCUGAACACAGCGGUGGUGAAAAAGAGCGAUGUCGAGACUAUCUUCUCCAAAUAUGGCCGUGUGUUGGGCUGCUCGGUUCACAAAGGCUAUGCCUUCGUUCAGUACGCAAAUGAGAGGCAUGCCCGUGGAGCUGUCAUUGGAGAAAAUGGACGUGUACUAGCUGGACAGACGCUCGAUAUUAACAUGGCAGGUGAACCCAAACCCAACAGGCCUAAAGGACUCAAGAGAACCGCAGCAGCAUUAUACAGUGGUUAUGAAUUUGACUAUGAUUUCUACAGAGAUGACUUCUAUGACAGACUGUUUGAAUACAGAGGAAGAGUAUCACCAGUGCCCAGAGUAGUUCCAGUGAAGCGCCCCCGUGUGGCAGUGCCAGUUGUACACAGGGUAAAGUCAUUACCUGUCAAACUUCUGACCAGAUCUGCUAUCCUACCAAUCAGCUCGGUCAAGAACAAGAUGAAAUCUACAGAACUGCAAGCUAUCAAAUCAGAGCUGACUCAGAUCAAGUCCAACAUUGAUGCACUGCUGGGGCGUCUUGACCAGAUCACAGAGGACAAAUACUGUGUCACAGAGCUUCAGAAGGCAGAUGAAAUUAAGAGUGAACUGUCUCAGGACGAGUCGGGAUCAGAAUCAGAGGAUCUUCAGCACAGUGAUGUGGAGGAAGUUGAAGAUCACACACUCGAGGAGUGUGAUGAAGACAUGGAAAACAAUCACAUAUCUGAAAUGGACCCCAUUCUUCAAUAAAAGCAGGGAGCUGGAAAACACUGUCAACUGGAACGUUUUUAAUACCACAGACUCAGCGUUAAAGACACUGAAACCAAGAGGCACCAUCAAAACUCCAGCAUCAGCUGUCAAUGAGUGAGACAGACAGCUAAACUAGCUGUUCAGUGGGAGGGAGGUGGGCGACUGGGGUGAUGUCGCCCCUGAACCAGGAAUUCAUUACAAAAGGCCACAGUUAAUGAUCGUAACACAACACUGCACACACGACAAAAAAAGCUAUUUAUGCUCUCCAAAAAACACAAUUAAUGUAAAUUUUUUCUAUACAUUUUGGUGCCUCAUAUUUAAAUACCCUCAUCCUAUUUCCUUCUCUCCUUUCGGUUUGUGCUUUUUCAAAAUGUUUUUCAUUUUAUUUAUAUGCUGGUCGGAAUCAGAAAGGUUGGCUAUUUUUAAUUACAUGUGCAUACUUUUUCUGCGUGUACUUUCGAGACUGCAAGAGAUAUUUAGAGAUGUAAAUAAACUAUGAGGACUUUCAGUUUUUGGGGCUGUUGUGGGUGUUUUUUUCGACAUGUUUAUAUAUUGCCUGUUAAGAGCACUGAUCGAUAAUCCUUGGCAACUUGUCUAAUGUAAUCUUCAUCAUUAGAGCAUAAGACACUUAUUUCACAUCUUUUUUUCAUCUGGUUGGCUCACCAGUAAGAGGAUUACACAAAUAUUUAUUGAAAAAUUAGCGCAACUCCAUUUGAGAUCUGGAUAUGAGAGAACCAGAUGGCAAAAACUUUUUUUUCAGUCUAGCCUGUAGUAAGACUGUACAAUGAAUUGUGCUAUAUUGCAACUGCU